GAUUUUGGUAACGAAUUUACCAAUUUGGCAAAUGGACCUGAUCCACUACCGACAUUACAUGAAGAUAUGGAACUGAUUAUGAAUCCUCCUGUACAUUUAAGUCAUGUGUCUGGUACCGCUAGUGUAAGUACGGGUUACCAUACUCCAAAUAUUACUGUUGGUGCUCCACCUGUCCGCCUUACGAAAGAUCUUUUACUAAUCUCUCAGAAACACAGAGCAGUGGAUUCUAGGACGAAGUCUGAAACGUUUGCUAGUGACGGUAGGUCAUCGAGACGGAAAGAAGUAUUAGAAGCUAGAAAAAUAAGAGAAUUGGCAGCCAGAAAUAAAGAAACACACAUGCAGCAGGUUUUCAUACCACGAACACAAAGAGUAGAUACAAGACAAUGCCGUGCUAUGGAUAUAAACACUUUUGCAGCUAUCCUAAUUGAAAAAUUGGGACCAAUUAAGCGAGAUCAGGAUCAACAGGAACUGCUAGAGAAGAAAUUAAAAGAGAAUGAAUGUAUGAGUUCAAAAAGUGAUAUUCAGUCCGCCAUUCGGGAAUUGGAAAUGGGAGAUGAUAAUGAUCCAGAAGAUAUUCUUGAUCAACAUCUUUCAAGAGUUCUUUCUGAUCGUAAUUCUUGCAAAUCACCUGGUAUGGCUAGUCCUAGGCAAUUUUCACCACCACGAACAAGACUUGUACAAAAUUCAUAUCCUCGUUCAAGAAGGAAAGAGAAGGAAGGUUCCAUAUACAGUGUAGAUUCAGGAAAUGUCCAUGAUUUCACUGAUAGUUCGGAACAUAAAAUGACCAUGGUAAAGUCGAAGAGUAUGCCAGAAUAUGCGGAUGAUAGAUUUGUAAGAGCACCGUCAGGAAGAAGGAUGCCCAAGAAACCUCAAUCAGAACUCGCCGAUAGCGGUGUCUCGGUUGUGUCAGAUGCGGCUCCAAUGCCUAUAAAAGAGAACCGCGUACUAAACUGGCUGCUUGAGUCUGAUAAGAGUGGUCGAGGAACUAGUCACACUCACAGCGAAAUGUCUAUGAAACACCGUAGCCAUAGGACUAGCAGCGCCACUUCCCCGAGUGCCGGACGAAGACGGAAAGGAUUCGGUUCAAGGUCCAGUUCGUUGGAGAGAAGUAGCGGAAGCGGAAUUUUGCCUGCGCAGCCUUUUAUUGCCGAUCCCAACAUGCCCCUAUGCCCGUUCCUAACACUGCUUUGCAACUGGAAGAAGCGAGGAGACGAUUGUUGGAAGAGGAUAUUAGAAAUAGACCCAAACAGAGGUCGCCUUCAAGUAGAUUUUUCUCAGAAAUGUCCCAUAGCAGCCAAUCGACGCUGAGGAAGUCUAUGCGAAGUUCUCGACAAGUCACUCUAGGUCAAGUUGGAUCUGAUGAAGUGACGACCGUUGUGUUCACUUUUUGCGAUGAGCAAUUUCCUUAUAGAACUAAGAUACCCGGCACUCAGAUUACCUUAAGGCAGUUCAAAGAGUAUCUUCCCAAAAAGGGAAAUUAUAGGUAUUUCUUCAAAACUAUAUGUGAAGAACUUGGCAACCAAGUUAUCCAAGAGGAAGUCAGUAAUGAUGCAGAGGUACUUCCAUUAUGGGAAGGUAAAAUAAUGGCCCAAGUGAAGCCAAUCGAC